AAUAUUUAUUUCGUUUUUUAUAUAUUUGUAAAACAGUUUUGUCUAAAAUUAUAAUAUUUUGUUGUAAUGAUAUUUUAUUAAUUCGACUAACAUUAUCAAGUAUAAAAUUCAUAAUGGGAAAUGCAAUUAAAUUUAAUUCGAAAGUCAAAAAAUUCAGCAAAACAAAAGAGAUUAUUAUUGAAGAAGAAAUUUUAUACAACAUAAAAGUUCAAGAGAUACCAGAAACCACAAUGGCAAACAUUCAACGUGUUUUAUCUAUUGCUUAUGAUGAUAAAAUUCAUGCUGAAAGUACACUUUAUCGAGUUAAAAAAGGAUCAAUUGUACGUCUUACACCUGGUCCAUCAUUUCUUGGUAAAGAAAUUGCAUUAUAUACGAAUUUUCCUGAGGAAGCACAAUUCAUUCGUACUACUUAUCGGCCAUUAAUGUUCUAUGGCAAACAUGGUGAAGAAUUAUUACAUAAUGUUAAUAAUAAUCCAUAUGUAAUUAUUUCUGAUGUUGAUGUUUAUUGUGAAGUCAAAUUAAAUAGAUCUGGAACAUUUCGUUUUUAUUUUUUACAUAAUCGAGAUGAAAUUACUGGUCUCGGUCAAUAUCAUAAUAAAGAUGAAAAAAAAAAUCAUGGUGAUGGUUCAUUUUAUAUUCAAGUUGAACCAGAAUUAAUUGUAGGACCAGAAGGAGCAAAAAAAAUUAUACCAUUAAAUUCAGUUCGAUGUCAAACAGUAUUAUCAAAAUGUUUAGGACCAAUAAAUACUUGGGAAGCAAAAUUACGUGUUGCUAAAGAAUCUGGUUAUAAUGUUGUACAUUUUACACCAAUUCAAGAAUUAGGUGGAUCACGUUCCUGUUAUUCAUUGAGAAAUCAAUUGAAAGUUAAUCCUGAUUUUAGUAGUCAGGGUGAAUUGAUGACAUUUAGUGUUGUUGAAUCUGUAAUUAAAAAAUGUCGUGAAGAGUGGGGUAUUGCUUCUAUUUGUGAUAUUGUAUUAAAUCAUACCGCUAAUGAAUCCGAUUGGUUAGAAACUAUGCCAGAGGCUACAUAUUCUUGUUCUACAUGUCCUUAUUUAAGACCAGCAUUUUUAUUGGAUGCAAUGCUAAGUGAUUGCGCUUUAGAUAUUGUUGGAGGAGCUCUCGAAAAUGUUGGUGUUCCACAAAUAAUUCAAACAGAAGAUCAUCUUCAAGCAUUAAAGUACCAGUUGCAUACAGUUUAUUUACCACGAAUUGAUCUGGCUCAACUUUAUCAAUGUGAUGCAAAUGCUUAUACGAAUAAAUUUAUUGAAGAAAUGCGUAAACGUGAGCCACCAAAGCGUGUUGCAAAGCAUGAAAGAUACAAUGAAGUUAAAAUUAAACAAGAUCCGGAAUAUAAACGUUUGGCUUCAACAAUCGACUUUGAUUUAGCAUUAGAAAUUUUUAAUGCUUUUCGUUCAGAUUGUUUCGAUGAAGAAUGUCGGCUAAAAAAAUGUGCUGAAGAAUUUAGACGGCAUCUGGAUGCUUUGAAUGAAGCAAUACGUGCAGAAAUCCAAGGUUAUCUUACAUAUGCUGUUGAUAAUAUUCUGGCUGGAGUUCGAUACGAACGUGUUCAAGAAGGUGGACCUAUGAUAAGAGAAGUAUCUGUUAAAUAUCCAAUAUUCUCCAGAUAUUUCACAAAGUUCGGUAUGACUGGUAAAAGUUUAACCGAAAUUGAAAAGGCUAUGUAUGGUGAGGAAGGCAAAUUCUUUAUGGCCCAUAAUGGUUGGGUGAUGGGUUGUGAUGAUCCACUUAAGGAUUUUGCUCGGGAGCAACCAGGUCGUGCCAAUGUUUAUUUGAAAAGAGAACUUAUUGCCUGGGGUGAUAGUGUAAAAUUGCGAUUUGGUGAUAAACCUGAAGACAACCCACGUCUUUGGAAUCAUAUGAGAGAAUAUGUCGAAACAACAGCAAAAAUUUUUGAUGGUGUGCGUUUAGAUAAUUGUCAUUCAACGCCAUUACAUGUUGCUGAAUAUUUGCUCGAUUGUGCUCGUCAGAUAAAUCCAAAUUUAUAUGUGGUUGCUGAACUUUUCACAAACUCUGAUGCCACUGAUAAUAUAUUUGUAAACCGAUUGGGUAUAACGUCUUUGAUUCGAGAGGCUAUGUCCGCCUGGGAUUGUCACGAGGAAGGUCGUCUUGUAUAUCGAUAUGGUGGUGAACCAGUAGGAGCUUUUUAUUCAUCACCGAAAAGACCUCUUGCACCAACAAUAGCGCAUGCAUUAUUCUUAGAUUUAACACACGAUAACCCAUCUCCUGUUGAUAAAAGAUCCAUAUUUGAUUUACUUCCCAGCGCAGCUGUUGUUUCAAUGGCCUGUUGUGCAACUGGAAGUAAUAGAGGCUACGAUGAGCUCGUUCCGCAUCAUAUUCAUGUUGUAGAUGAAGAACGAAAAUAUCAAGAAUGGGGCAAAAAUGUGAAUUUUAAUACAGGAAUUAUAUCUGCUAAACGGGCUUUAAAUUUACUUCAUGGACAGCUAGCAGAAGAAGGAUUUUCGCAGGUUUUCGUGGAUCAAAUGCAUCCUGAUAUUGUAGCUAUCACGCGACACAAUCCCAUUUCUCAUCAAAGCGUAAUAUUAGUAGCACAUUGUUCUUUCUCCAACCCACAUCCUGAUGCAGGUCCUACCUCAGUUCGUUCACUUCGCUUUGAAGGUUGUUUAGAUGAAAUUAUAUUAGAGGCUCAAAUGACUCAUGUUGGUGGAAAGCCUUUUGAUAGACCCUAUGGCUUUAAAAAAGAUAAUGAUUACAUAAAUGGUGUUAAUGAAUACAAAGUUGAACUCAAAGAGCAUAUUCCACUCACAGAAUCGAGAAUAUUUAAGAAAUUUUCCGCAACUGAAGGCAAUAUAACCCAGCUAGAUUUCGUUAAUUUGAAACCUGGAUCUAUUGUAGCGGUUAGAGCAUCAAUACAUGCAAACAUAAGACCACAUUUAAAUAUACUUAACCAAAUUGUACAAGAGCUUCAUGAUGAAAAAGGAACAAUUUUCAAUGAAUUAGAGAACAUAAUUUCUAAAUUAGAUUUAGUUGAUCUGAAUCGUGCACUUUUUUGUUGUGAUGUUGAAGAACGUGAUAUGGGUUUUGGUGGAGCUGCUUACAAUAUACCAAAUUUUGGACCAACAGUUUAUUGUGGCCUCCAAGGUUUUAUCUCCUUGUUAACAGAAAUAGCUCCAAGAAACGAUUUGGGCCAUCCUCUUUGCAAUAAUUUAAGAGAUGGAAAUUGGAUGAUGGAUUAUUGUGCUAACCGUUUAAAAAACCAUGAUAACACAAAGGAAUUAGCAAUUUGGAUGCAAAAGCAAUUUGGAGAAAUUGGACAAAUUCCCCGAUAUUUGAUACCAAGCUAUUUUGAUGUUAUUUUAACAGGCAUAUAUGAUACUUUAGUUGCUCGAUGCUUUAGUCAAAUGCCGGAUUUUAUUAAAAAUGGUACUACAUUUCCUCAAUCUCUUGGCUUGGCAUCUCUUCAAUUUCUAGCAAGGUGUAAAUCUGCUGAUCUUCCUAAAUUAAGUCCUAACAUACAUCCGCCAGCAGCACCAGAACGUUUUGUAACUUUAUCAGCUGGUUUAACACAUUUUGCAACUGGGUACAUGAGGUGUUGGGGCCGAGAUACUUUUAUUUCGAUGAGAGGAUUAAUGUUGUUGACUGGUCGUUUCAACGAAGCUCGUUACAUUAUAAUAGGAUUUGGUCAAUGUUUACGUCACGGCUUGAUACCCAAUUUAUUGGAUAAUGGAACAAAACCAAGAUUCAAUUGCCGUGACGCAGUUUGGUGGUGGAUGCAAAGUAUUAAAGAUUAUGUUCAUGAAGCGCCAAAUGGUAAAAUGAUUUUGAACGACAAAGUUUCAAGAUUAUUCCCUACCGACGAUUCAGAAACUCAACCAGCAGGAGCGCAUGAUCAACUGCUGUACGAUGUAAUGCAAGAAGCUUUAAAAAUUCAUUUCCAAGGUCUGGUUUAUCGAGAAAGGAAUGCCGGAACAGCUAUAGAUGCUCAUAUGACUGAAAAGGGAUUCAAUAAUCAAAUUGGAAUAAAUCCUGAUACUGGAUUUGUUUUUGGUGGAAAUGAUGCUAAUUGUGGAACUUGGAUGGAUAAAAUGGGCUCAUCAGAAAAAGCUGGAAAUCGUGGAAAACCAAGCACACCCCGUGAUGGUUCCGCGGUAGAGCUAGUUGGUUUAGAAUAUAGUGUACUUAGAUUUAUGCAAGAAGCCAGCGAACAUGGCUGGAUACCAUACAAGUGCGUCGAAAGAACCGGUAAAAAUGGGCAAAAAACUACUUGGACUUAUAAAGAAUGGGCCGAUAAAAUUAUGAAAAAUUUUGAAGAUAAAUUUUUCAUUGAUAUUGGUUCUGGCCAAUAUGUAAACAAACAUAACAUUUAUAAAGAUUCAUUUGGUGCAAGCCAACCAUGGACUGAUUAUCAAUUACGUUGUAACUUCCCAAUUGCGAUGGUAGUGGCUCCUGAAAUAUUUGAACCACAUAAUGCAUGGGAAGCUUUAGAACAAGCAAGAAAACACAUUUUAGGACCGCUUGGAAUGAAAACGUUGGAUCCAGGUGAUUGGGCAUAUAAAGGAAAUUAUGAUAAUAGCAAUGAUUCACAAGAUCCUACUGUCGCUCAUGGUGCAAAUUAUCAUCAAGGACCUGAAUGGGUUUGGCCAAUCGGUUUUUAUUUACGAGCUAGAUUAAUUUUUGCUAAAAAGAAUGGAAAAAUCCGUGAAACUGUAGCAGAAACAUGGCACAUUUUGCAAGCACAUCUAAGAGAAUUACAAACAUCACAUUGGCGUGGUUUACCAGAAUUAACAAAUGAAAACGGUUCAUAUUGUAGGGAUUCAUGUCGUACACAAGCAUGGAGUAUUGCCACCGUAUUAGAGGUUCUACAUGAUUUGAAUUCAUUUAAAUCAAAGCAUUAAAAAUAAUUAUUUAUAUAAAUAUUUUUAAGAAACUUAAUGUAAAUCAAUUAUUUUUAUGCAAUUUUUUGAAAAUAAAGAUAGAAUAAGAUGUUUCAAAAUGUAGUUGAAUAAAAUAUUGUUCUCAUUUCCAAAUAUUUUUUCAAAACAAAAAAAAAAAUAAUUUUUUUAAUGUUAAAAAAAAAUUAAAUUAUUGUGUAAAAUAUGUUUUUAAUUCUAGAUUUAUAAUAAGUAAAUUAAUUGCAUAAAUUAUUUUUAAUUUUCGAAUUUAUCGAAUUUAUUUUUGCCAUGUUAACACACUAUUUCAUUCAUUAUUAAAUUUA